CGAAUUCUAGCAAAUGUUCCAUUUAUUGAAUCAAUUCCAAUAUUUGUUGAUAAUAAAUUAUUAAAUAAUAAUCCUGUUUUAAUGAUUGAAUUCUAUUUAUUGGUUGUAACAGACGAGAAUAUUUUAUUUUAA